UUUGAUAAUGACAACGUUAACCACCCUAAAACACAUAGCCAAUUUUCCAAAUUUCUGCCCAUUAUAGCUGCAUUUCCGUACGUCCUCAAUCGCAUUACUCAAGAGGAGACGCAAUGGACAGUCGCUGUUAUGGCUGUGCAUCAAAGUUUAGUCUCUUCAAGAAGGAGCUGGGCUGUAAGAAUUGCGGACGCUCCUUCUGCUCCAGCUGUUUGAGUCUCAGUGCUGUGGUGCCUCGCUGUGGCAACACCCAGCAGAAGGUCUGCAAGCAGUGUCAUGGUAAUCUCACAAGAGGGGAAUCUUCGAACAAUGCUGGAAGAUGGUCCCCUCCAGAAAACUACAAAAAACGGGUUGCAGCACUGGAGGCCAAACAGAAACCGCAGUCCACACAGCCCGGUGUGCAUGGAGGGAGCAGAAAUGGCAAAUCGGUCCAUCUACCAACCAAAGGGCUUAGUAAAGAAGACUGCGCUAUUGCUGAGAGGCUUCAAAAGCUAAAAGAAGACACCAAACCAAAGUCUAUCCCUUCUGAAAAGGAGAUUGAGUCACGUCUUGCUGCUCUGAAAACGCCCAGCCAGCCAGUGCCUUCUUCAGAGGAUAUGGAGGAUCGCCUGGCAGCUCUGCGGGGUCAGCCACCUCCAUCUCAAGCUCCUCGACCAGUACACCAGCCUCCUGACACCAGGACUCAAACUGAAAAAGCCAAUGAUUUGAUUACUCAGAUGGCAGAAGAAGUCGCCAUUGAUGACCAACAGUCAAGUCCAGAAGAUAGUGUAGAUAUGAACGAUCUCAACAAAGGUGAAAGUGCUGCUUCAGACGAGAACCUGGAGGACAACCAGGGAGCAGUGAGACAGCAGGAGGCAGAGAAAGACUGUCUGCUUGAAGAAGCCAUGAAGGAACUGAAGAGGGAGAAAUAUUCCCAGGAUGAGAUCCUUCACAUGGCCAAGAGGCUGGCACAGUUAAAAGGGCAGGAUCCAGAUAAAGUCACAGCAGAGGAUUUCAGACAACCUGACAGUGAAGAAGAGACUGAGGAAGAAGCCGUGAGGAGAGUCCUGAAACAGCUUUCAGAAGAAGCUGCACUUGAUGAAGCCAGUGGCUACAACAUACCCAUAGAGCACAGCGGACCCAGGAACAGAGAAAAAAAGAAAACCUCUACAAAACCAACUCCUGCCCCGACGAGCCGGACCUCUCCCGCUGCUGCUGCACAUCAGCCGUCAGACAGCGACGACGAAGAACUUCCCUGGUGCUGCAUCUGUAACAAAAACGCCACCCUGCGUUGCCACACCUGUGACGGAGACCUGUACUGCAGCCGCUGCUUUCGGGAAGGCCAUGAUAAAUAUGACAGGAAGGAGCAUCACACCAGUAGCUACACUGCUCCGAAGAAGAAGAGGAAGACAUGAUACUGAAGAUGCUCAUCUUAUUAAACUCUGACCUUUCAUGGCUGUAGGACUUGCUCUUUAGCCUCACAGGGAGUAUUGCAGUAACCUAAAACGGCGUUAUAGGAAAUAAAAACACUACUAUAAACCAGAGCUCAUCAUAACACAUUGACUUACAGGGCCUAGCUUAAGGAUUAAUCAACACCCUCAGGGGGUUUUCCAGUUUUUCAUGGCACAACCACAAACUUAAUUGUAUUUCAUUGGGAUUUAUAGUGAUACACCAUCACAAAGUAGCAUGUAUUUAUGUUGCAGGAAAAAAAGGAUACAUGGUUUUCAACCUGUGAUACGACUGUUUCUGUUCGUAGUCUUAAUGUUCCACUUUAAAGUGAACCUCCAUCUCAUCCUCAAGUCUAACAGGUUUUUUUUCCUCAGAGAUUGCCUUCUACUUCACUUCCUCCUCCCACCCACACAUAGUACGACACUGCCAUCACAAUGUUAAGUGUGUUAAGAGUUUUAUUUUUCAACACAGAUAAUGUUUUAAAUAUUUACCAAGUAGUUCCGUUUGGUCUCAUCUGAGAAGAGCAUCAUUUUUCUUCAUGGGUACUUCUUUUUAUCACAUGCACACUCACAGUUGUCUUGAUGAUUGAUUCUCCCACUUGAGGUAUACAUUUAGUUUAUAAGUUUAUAAGACUUUUGACAUCAGCUGGUUGAACUGGAGUUUAUUUAGGGGUAUCGGUGUAAAAGAAACUGAAUAUGUUUUCCAGUUCAUUUGUGCAAAAAAAAAAAUCUGUAGAGUGUUUGUGUUUGUCAUUUAUAUUAAAUCCCUAUAAAAGACAAUGAGAUUUGGGGUUGUGGUGUGAGAAAAUCCAAAAAAGUUGGAGGGGUUGAUUCAACUUGCAAGGCAAAGUGUAGUGAGGAACUUAAAAGACAUUUAAAAAUAAUGUGCAAGACUUCUAGCAGUGUUAGACUAAAAUUAGACAAGACAUGUAAUAUCUGAAAAUUAUCUUCUUAGAACUUGCUAAAAAAAACAAAAGGCAUUAGUUGAAGAUGCUAAAGAAAACACAACUUAGAAGUGUCAAAGUGAAUAAGAAGCAUCACAGGUUUUUUUUUCUUUUUUGCAGCACUUCCAUCAAGCAAGACAGAUCAUGAGCUCACCCGAGACAAUGUGCACUCGCUUGCAGACUAUUGUCAGCUAGAUACUAAAAAGUCACAGAUGAGUCCGUGUGAAAGAAUCACUGAGGCCUUUGUUCCCUUUGUGCUGUUGUUCUUGUCUAUGUUUGGCUGUGGUUCUGACAUUAGCGCUGACUCUCUUGUCGCUUGAUUCUAAAUGAAGCAAUUGUUUUGAUUAUUUUUAACACCAAAGGUCCUUUUUUUUUUUUUUUAAGAAAUGUGUCAUUAUUUGAGAAAAUCGUCUGGCAGGUCCUCUUUGUGCUGUAUGUAUGGAUUCUUUGUCAGUGAAAGAAUGAAUGAGUCAGAGUCGUACAAAUAACCGUAAUGGAACCCUCAACAAAAAGACACUGCCUAUGACAGUGAGAGGACCAAAGUGCAGUUAACUUGGAGGAAGCCUUCACACUCUCCUCUGGGUGCUCCCUCCAUUAAUGGUGGCCAUGUUUGCCUUUUCUGGCCAUGUCAUGCACCACCCCACCACCACCACACACAGGAAAUGGAUGGGUAUAAUGGGUGCACGCUUAAUGGAACAUCCUGUGGCUGAUUUCAGUGUGUUUACUCCUAGACCUGACAUGUUGACGCCUCCAUUGUUUCCAUCACUCUGUUGAAAAAUUCAUGUCAGAAAACAGAACGCUGACGGUUAUCCUUUCAGCUGUGUCCAGACAAAGUGCCGCAGGGCGUAAUGAAAAGCGGCUGUGAUAGUAGAGUGGUUUUAUUAGUGCUGUAAAUUUUGUCCAAGUAAUGCAACUGCUUUUCCAAUAAUUCGUUUUUUUUUUCUUCUUUUUUUUGUAGAAGGUAAUUCAAAUUAAAAAGUGAACUUCAUAUUAUAGAGAACCAUUACGCACCGAGUGAUAUAUUUCAAGCAUUCACUUCUAUUCAUUUAGAUGAUUACAGCUUACAGCAAAUUGCUAUUUUCCGGAUGAUUACAGGGUACUAUAUUUAAGCAUAUUGAUAGUAAGGUGAGUGGAAGGUGCUGAGGCAGAGUAAAAAGGUUGCUUGAGAUCCAGUGAACUACCCACAGUCAGGACUUGUAAGUAGUACUUGGUUUCAUGACCAAGGCAUCAUUGUUCUCCUCUGCAAACUCUCCCGACCCCAAACCACAUAGAAAAUCUUUGUUGUAUUAUCAAGAGGAAGGUGAGAGACAUCAAACGCAACAUUAAAAAUAAGCUAAAAGCUGCUUUUUAAUCAACCUGGGCCUUCUUGACAUCUUGGCAGAACCGCUGACCGAUUGUCUCUGAUGCAGAAACAAUUCUUUUUUUGUUUUCAUUAGCUUUGGGUCCUAAUCAUCAAAAUUAGCAAAAACAAAACUUGAAAUAUGCCACUGUAAUGACUAUGUGAAACAUUUGUGUUCCUUUUUUAUUUGAAUUGAAACCCAAACAAACCUUUCACUAAUACUCUAAUUUAUUCAAAUGGAACCUGUAGUUGCAUAAUUAAUGUUGAAUAAAACCAACUGGUUCAUCA